ACCAAGUUUCAGGAACGGAAAGUUCGCCACAUCCAUCUACGAAAAAUGUCUCUGCCAAAAGAAUGGAAUCUCCAGACAUCGCAGGAGUGUCUUAAUCAGUACCUGCGCCCACAAAGCCUCUUUUCGGAGGAUAUCGAAAUACAACCCCACGCGGAUGAUAACCGACUCUUCGAUGGCGUCUACCAUCCAUCCAUACCGGAACAGCGAUGCCGGGCGCCUCUCAAUGCCGCCCUGCUGGCCGAGUUCGAGAACAGCGGAUCCAUGUUCUCGAUCCAGUCCGCCCCGGUCGUUACGGCGUGCAAGGAGCCCGCCAUCAACCCGGACGAUACCACGGCCAUACCACCUGCGCUGGCCUGCACCAAGUUUACCGGUGACGGUGACGGUGGGCGACGACCGUACGCGACCGACGGUGCAACCCUGCUCGAUGACUUCGGGCCACCGCCGCAACCAGUGGCCGGGGCGGGCGUCGCUGGACGUACCGACACCUUACUCCGACCGUCAUCACUGGCACUCGAUACGCACUACAACCUGGUCAAGCCACCCAGCGGUGUUGAGCCCCAGCCUUCGACCGAGCUGGACGAGGAUGACAACGAGAACCUGUUGACCGUCUCGAGCUUAACCGCACGGCCGCUGAUCGCGAAAUCCCGCGAAAUAAGGAACAAAAAACAAAAGCUUCACAUCCAGCGGCAACGAAAGCAGGUAGCAUCGGAUACCAGCGAGGACGACGAUGACGGGCCGCCCGACGGUGGUUACGGCUGGAUCAUCGUGUUCGGUGCAUUCUCGGUCCAGUUCUGGGUAGCCGGACUGGUCAAAUCGUACGGUGUGCUGUACGUGGAGAUCAUGGAAAACUUCCCGAACGCAUCGGCCACGACCGCAUCGUGGAUACCGGCUAUCCUGUCCGCACUCUGCCUGGUACUGGCGCCACUCUCCAGUGCACUGUGUCAGCGCUUUUCCUGCCGCAUCGUGGUCAUCAUCGGCGGUGUGUUCUGUGGGCUCGGACUGACCCUGAGCUACUUUGCGACCAGCAUGUACCAUUUGCUCUUCACCUUCGGAAUUCUCACCGGAAUCGGUGGAGGUCUCUCGACCACGCCGGGUAUUGUGAUAGUGUCCCAGUACUUUGAGAAGCAUCGCGCCUUGGCCAAUGGGAUCACCAUCUCCGGUACGGCGGCGGGGAGUUUCGUGUUCCCGAUGCUUAUCGAACGAUUGAUACAUCUGUUCGGCUUUCACGGUACCUUGCUGAUAUUGGGAGGCUGUAUGCUGCACGUAUGUGUAUCCGGCGCACUCUACAGACCGCUCGAGAAGAAGCAAGACCUCGAACCAUCGAAGGAGGGCACCCAGUUCUCGUCCCGCAGCGACUUCCGCGAAAAUCUGGGCCAUCUCAGCUCGUCGGAAGAUCACCUGAGCAAGCGCUGCUUGGAGGAUCUGUUCCUGGACGAUCAGCAUCGCAACAACAGCGUCACGAGCGAGAGCAACAAGUUCGUCAACAUAACGGAAAAAACGCUCCAAGAAAGUGAAGACGAACUGAAAGAUAUCCUCACGAGUGCAAUCUUUCUUAAGCCCAUUUCGUCGAUCCGUAGCUGCAGUAUUCUGCACUCGGUCGAGGAUCUGAGCACCGAUUCGACCUGCGUCUAUAAGAACCGCGCCAGUGGCUAUGACUCCAAGCGGAACAGUAUGCGCUACAAGCAGCAGCACCUUCACCAUCGGCAGGAAACGCAACCACGCCCACCGCAGCUGCCCGAACCGGUCGGAUCGCAGACGACGCUGGGUAUGGCCGAAGGUGGCGCGUGUGGUGAUGCACCACUGUUGGGACCACUGCUGCUGGCACCGAACGACCUGGACAAAUCGACGAAUGUGACGCAGGAAGCGGUAGCAGCUGUUGGGGCAGCGAAAACGAUUGCUACCGGCACGAUACCAACGGUAAUGAGCUCGAACAACAUGUGCGCGAUGGUACCGACGAAGGGGCUGGCCCAGAACAACAAUCGGGGAUUGAGCAAGAGCAUGAUCAUUCCAACACCGGUAGGCGAUCUGGACGAGAUCUUUGACGAGGAUCCAUACACGGCAUACAACGCAACGUGUCUGGAAAAGAUUAGUCAAUAUCUGGACAUCACGCUCCUGCAGGACAUCACGUUCAUACUAAUGUGCCUCUCGGUAGCUUUAAUGUCGGUUGGAUGUCCGUACAUGCUUUACUAUCUGCCAGCGUACGUAAUUUCUGCUGGUUACACCAAAUCGGAGGCAGGAUAUUUGGUUGCUGUCAGUGCGGCCUUAGACUUGAUCGGACGCCUUGCGUUGGGCUGGCUGUCGGAUUUGGAUCUGUUCGAUCGGAAGAAGGCUUACAUUGUCUGCAUUCUAGGUGCUGGAACGGCUGUACUUACCAUUCCAACGAGCAGUAACGCUUGGUUUGUGAUUGUGAUCAGCGCUGGAUGCUACGGACUGUGUUUGGGCAGCUGGUACCUACUGGUUCCGGUACUGCUGGCCGAUCUGUUCGGGACGGAACGUAUUAGCUCCAGCUAUGGCUUGGUUCGGAUGUUCCAAAGUAUUGGUGCAAUCUCGGUGCCACCACUAGCAGGUUUACUGCGCGACCUAUCCGGUGGGUAUGAGAUCUGCUUCUACUGCAUGGGGGUUUGUAUGGUGAUGGGUAGCGUACCGUUGAUUGCCAUUAUACUGCGCGAUUCGAUCGCCCUGAAGGACAAGCGGCUCCAACUGGGCCCGACGGCAUAA